CCUCGAACGCAGCAGUAUGAUCCGCGGCUUUUACGCUCAAGGCCUCGGCGACCGACCAAAGGACCACCAUGCGACCAAGUCGUCGCGCUCCGCCAAGGGGCCGAUGCCCGACUUUAGCCUCGCGCGGAAUCGAUCCUCGGUCACCGACUCGGUCGUCUCGUCCGCAGGCACCGCCGGAUCCAGCGACGAGAACAACAAAGCGCUCGAGUACUCGCCGUCGUACCGCUUCAACUUGACGACCAUGCUGACGAGCGUCGCCAAGGGCGCGGAGGCGGACGAUAUGAUCCGGCUGCCGCCCCGCAUCGGCAUCCUCGUGUGAGGAUUCUCGCGCCGUCCAUCUCAUUGUCGUCUUUCUCCUUAGUUGUCUUGUCCAUGUUUCUGAUAAUUUACGAACCCAAUCAUUCCCCACUAAAUCUUGGCUGGUCCUAUGUGCCGAG